AUGCUACACAUUCAACCACUAACAAGUAUGGAUGACCCUUCUAACCUCAACACUGGUUCUAAGGAAGCUAAUUCCUUACCGAAAAAUAAUCAUCUACCCACUCCUCCAACCUCCUCUGAUGGAACGACUACGACUGAAGUAAUGACAUGGCCAAACUUAUCCCAUAACGAAAAAGCAUUCAAAUGUAAAUACGUCACCAAACAUAACUCUCAACUUGGUGAUGGUAACUUCAGUAUAGUAAAAGAAUGUAUAAACAUUCAAACAAAGGAUCAUUUCGCCAUGAAAUUAAUUAACAAGAAAAUCGUCAAAGGGAAAAUAAAAUUAAUCCAAAGAGAAUUCAAACUUUUAAAAUUCAUAUCAGAGGAAAUUAGAUCAGUAGAAAGAGUUAACAUGAAAUCUCAAACUCAACCUUCUUCUUUAAGAAUAAACAGUAAUAAAUACACGAACGCAAACGCGAACGUAAACACGAAUAUGUAUGAUACAUUUGAUGGUCAUCAUCAUAUAUUACAAUUAUUUGAUUUCUUCGAAACAAAAGAUAGUAUCGUAUUAAUUACCCAACUAUGUCAAAAAGAUGACUUAUAUGAACUAAUAAUACAAAAUGAAAAAUUAGAUCUGAAAAGACAAGUAGUACCCUUCACUGCAUGUCUAUUAAGUGCUUUACAAUUCUUACAUUCUCAUGGGAUAGUUCAUAGAGAUAUUAAAGCUGAAAACGUUUUAUUUAGACUGAAUCCCACGAAUACUAACGGCGACAUGAAGAUAGACCAAGGCUAUGAUUUGAUGGCUCAUGAUUUGAUUCUGGCGGAUUUUGGUCUUGCCACACAAUUAGAUUCUUCAUCUUUGAAAGAAUACGUUGGAACCAUCUCAUAUAUUGCUCCGGAAAUUGUUAAAUGUAAAGGUGUCGAGAAAAUGAAUGCUGAUGAAUUGAAUUCUUUGACUAAAUAUAGUUAUCCAGUUGAUAUUUGGGCCCUCGGUGUUCUCACGUACUUUAUGGCAUUGGGGUUUACUCCAUUCGAUUGUGAAAAUGAUGAGGAAACUUUGGAUUGUAUCUCGAAAUGUGAUUAUUAUGUGGAUGAUGAUAUGUUACAUGAUCCAACUUUAAAGGAAUUUUGGAGUUUUAUACAAUGUUGUUUUACCAAAGAUGUGGCUAAUAGACCUACUGCUUUUGAUUUGAAAUAUCAUCCUUUCUUAAUGGACCAUUUUAAAUCUUCACUUAAUAAGAAUCUAAUGAAAAGACCCCAAGCUUUGUUAGGGUCUCAAUUUCAUUCACAAUCUCAAUUGAAUUUACGUGCAAGAGGAAAUGGAAAUGACAACUCCUCAACAACAACUAGUAACAUUAACUUACAAAAUAUAUUGGUAGUGGAAGAUCAGCAAGGUGAAGAAUUAUUAGAUACACCAGCAUUUUUAUUUUCUAGUUUACCCAUGGUAAGAAAUAAAUCAAGUUCUAGUUUACACUCAUUAAAGUCUCCAAGUAGAUCGAAAAUAAAUUCUAAUUCAUCUUCUACGACAUCGUUAUCAUCUCUGAUAUCUGCCACUUCAGAAUCAUUUAAUAACGGAAAUAGUAGUAGUAGUAGCUGUAGCAUGACAACAACUCAUCCUAAGGUACAGAAAAAGGUUACGAAAGUCCAUCCGGCUAAGAUUACAAAUACUACUCCAAGUAAAUUUGAAUUAUCUGAUAUGCAUGUUAAACACAACUUAAUACAAGCAUCUACAAACAAACAAGAGAAAAAUUUAGAUAAAAUAAGAGAUACAUUAAGAAGGACAUUAUCAAUGACAUCUUUAAGGCAACCCCUUCCACCACCAUCAGCUUCUAGCAACAAUAAGGCGGGCACAUUGACAUCGUCAACGUCAUCUAAAUUAUUAAAGAAAAAUUCCACGUUUGUAUUGGAUCCAAAACCUCCAGCAAGUUCAUUGAUGAAUGGUUGUUUUAGUACCACUCCAGAGGCAAUUUCUAAUUUUACAACCCCAAAAGAAUUAUCAAGACAAAGUUCAUUCGUGAAUAAUCAUAAAUCCAUGACUGCUAACAUUGUCGCUAAUUCUAAUUUGAAACAAGAAAAUAAAAAGUACAAUGCUAAUGAUAAUGCUAAUGCUAACGAUAAUGAUAAUGAUGACGAAGACGAAGACGAAGACGAUGAUAAUGAUGAUGCUGGUAUUUAUAUAUGA